AUGCCACCCAAAGGUUCUAGAAAGUCCGCCGCUACCACACCUAAUAAAACACUCGUCCUCGACAACGGCGCGUACACGCUCAAGGCCGGUCUGGUCCCUGCAAAUGCGAACCCUACGUACGAUGACUGCACCGUGACGCCAAACUGCAUUGCGCGGAGUACACGCGACAAGCGCACCUACAUGUCAUCGGAGCUCGCGUCAUGUAAAGACUUUGGCGAGCUAGCGUUCCGUCGGCCAGUAGAGAAAGGCUUCAUUGUCAACUGGGAGGCCGAGAAGGCUAUAUGGGAGCAUGAGUUCCUGGGAGCUGCGGCGGGGGAGGGGCUGAGGUGUGAUCCCAAGGAGACGAACCUACUCUUGACCGAGAAGCCCAAUUGCCCCAAAGAGUUGCAGAAGAACUGCGAUGAGAUUGUGUUCGAGCAGUUCGAGUUUGCGGCAUACUAUCGCUGCGUGGGCCCAACGCUCAACGCCUACAACGCUACCAAUGACGCUUCGUUAUCCUCACUCCCGCAAGAGUGCCUCCUCAUCAUCGACACAUCGUACUCGGACACGACGAUACUGCCCCUCUACAAUGGCAGGCUCAUCCAGUCGGCCGUGCGGCGUCUGACAGUUGGCGGGAAGCUGCUCACCAACUAUCUCAAAGAGCUGUCAUCGCUACGACACUACAACAUGAUGGAGGAAACCUACUUGCUCAACGAGAUCAAAGAAGCGGUAUCCUACGUCUCGCCUUCGCCACAGCAGUACGCGAAAGAUCUGGAGCGGACGUGGAAGGGGCGCUUAGGAGACAAACGGGCGCUAGACUCGAGCAUAGUAAUGGACUACGUGCUACCAGACUACGAGAAGUCAAUACACGGUUAUGCACGCCCGCACGAUGCCGCAACGUCAGGCGUGCGUCGUGGGUUGCAGCCGUUGCAAGGGCCGAGGGAAGACGUGCUGCCACUUGGCAACGAGCGUUUCGCCGUUCCAGAGCUGCUCUUCAAUCCAUCAGAUAUUGGCAUUCGCGAAGCUGGCCUCGCUGGUGCCACGAUGGAAUCGCUGAGCGCGCUGCCUGAAGCACUAAAGGUCGGACUGUUGGCCAACGUGGUGGUCGUGGGCGGAAACUCGUUGAUAAGUGGGUUCCUGGAGAGGCUGGAGGCGGAGCUGAGGAGUCUAGUACCAGCAGGAUAUCUGCUAAAGGUCGCUCCCAUCUCCAGCAUCUCGACUCCAAUGCGCCGAAUACCGCGCCCUUUACGGGCACUUGAACCUUCGCACGCCUUCUGCCCAUCUGCGUCCGCACGGCAACAACUCUCGCCAUGGUCCUGCGCUCACCUCCAGACCACCUCGCCCGCCUUCUCAACGACUGCUUCCCGCUCCUUCCUCCUGCCGGGCAAGCAAGAUAAGAAGAAGCACCAGCAAUUCGUGCGCCGAUGGCAGAAGCGGUUACUUGGCGACUCGGAGCCCAUUGGCGCACACGUCGAUCCAUAUGAUCCCACGUCGCCCGUUCGAAUAGCGCCCGAGGAGCAGGGCGAGUACGAGGAAGUGCUGGCGGAAGAUAGGCUGGACGAUGCCGAAUUUCCUUUGUAUACUCCUGCGGAGAAGAGCAGUCGCCUCUUGCGCGUCGGCGGUGAGCAAUGGCUCAAACAGAAGCUGGAGGGCGACAUGGCCAAGGAGUUUGAGAAGCUCACGCUGCGGACAUACACACCUUUGACUUUGGACAUGGCAAAUGACGUCGAGGAACUGACGGGCACGCCCUAUACCCUGAAGGACGAGAACUUGCUCAUGGCGCAGACGGUACACGAUCUAACGGGGCGGCCUUAUACCAAGUACAACUUCGGCCUGCAUAAGAAGACUACCUCAGCACGUGAGCUCCGCAGCCGGUUUGCGCAAGCUGUGGCUGAAGUAUAUGCCCUCAAGCAAGCCGGUCGGGACAUGGACAUCUCUAAAUUCCCUAACCGAGGCGUCUACGAUCCGCCUCGCUGGGUCAAGGAUAUUAAGUUGUCCAGGACGGACAGUGGCGAACUCGCUCUUGCCUUUCCAAGGUACAAGAGCGCCGAGCAACUCCUACAGGCCAUGCAGGCAGCACCAGAAUGGGAGUCAGCUCAGGCGGACGAGGAGCUUCUCAUUGACGAAGCUGCACAUUUGCAGGAGCAAGAGCCCGUCAUGGACCCGGAUACACCCGCAUUCAAGCGAGCGGCUGUGGUGAAGAUGGAUGCUGAGAAGAAGCCGUUUGACUUCAUGUCGAACCGCCCUGUGCCGCGAGCAAAACCCAUUCAGAAAGCAAACGUGGACGAGGUCGCCGCAACGCAAGAGCCAGCACUGUCGGAACAGACUCCCGCGCCCUCGCCUUUGGCUGAGCUUACGUCCGCUAUUGAGACUUCUCAAUCUGCCAUAAGCCAAUUGUGCCAUUCCGUGAUCGAACACAGGGCGCAGCGCUUGACGGACGAUAUCCUAGCUUUGAGGAAAGCUGCUAAACAGGACAAGUCCGAUUCGGUUGCCCCCAAGAUCGAAGAUGCGAAAUGGCGACAUGUUCCCAUUACUGACCUCGCUAUCAAGUUCGCCCUCUUCAAACGCCUUCUCCAACUUACUGGCCUCCGCAUUUCCGACCCACAGCUCACAUCUACCAAAACCCUCGGCGACCUAUACGGCUACCUUUGUGCCGCCGCAAAACCCCAAACAACAAGUUUGUUCUCCGCAAUCCACCUUGAAGGCCAAAAGGCACGCGAGCGAGCUAAGCAGCAGUCGUCCGUGCCUGAUGCCCUUUCUAGGAGGAGAGCCGACCUAGGCGAUCUCAUCAAUCUCGGCAACGUUGAACUACGCCGCGUCAAGGCUACCAAGACUGAGAAGCGCACCAAGACUGGUCUCGAUAAGGUGGUGCAGUAUGCACUAUGGGAACGAGGUCUAGGUGGUAAUAAAUCGUCAACAUCAGCUAAACACGGGAAGAGCAAGCCGCGGAUUUUGGAAGGAACACGGCAAGCGCCUGCAUUCGGAAAGCCGAUGAGCGGCAAGGGAGCGACCUUUUUGGCAAAGAAGACAAGCGAGUGGAAAGUGGAGCAAGAGAGACAGGCUCGAGCAUCAAUUGUAUAGUAAGAUGAGUUUCUAAGGAACGCGCAUUACAAGCUCGUCAGCAGCGGGUUGACGGGAGCUAUUGUAUAGUAUAGGAUCUGAUCAACGACAUGUAUACUAUGGCUCCAGACAUCGAGAGACCGACACAAAAGAGAAUCUUUUGAGCAGGAUAUGCUGCCGUCUUGUCUACUUUUUACUAAUUUGCUACUUACCGCUUCUCUAUUACCUGUUUCCCUCAACCUGCUCACCCUUUUCAAAUCAUUCAUCCUC